AUGGGUUUGAGUAGUACAGAAGUUUCUGGUUAUUUGCUACAGCCUGGAGAGGUGGAGCCACCAGAACCGCCGUCUAUGAGGUGGCAUAAACAGCUGCGGCAGCAGCAACAAUCAAUGGCUCCCAUAAAGUGCCCGAGGUGUGACUCAACAAAAACGAAGUUCUGUUACUAUAACAAUUAUAACAAAUCUCAACCUCGCCAUUUCUGUAAAGCUUGUAAGCGGCACUGGACCAAAGGUGGCACUCUUCGCAAUGUUCCUGUUGGCGGCGGGCAUAAAAACAAGCGGCUCAAGACAACAAAUGCCACCACCUCCACUGGCACCACUCCAACCACCACCAGCGCUGCCACCUCUAACAGCAUGCUUGAGAAGUCUAUGAUGGGGACAUUUACUACAGGUUCUAAUAUACCAGGGCCUCUGAUUCAGGAUACAGAAUAUAUAUUUCCAAGUUUAAGCAGUUUUGACUGCAAUUCUUCUUUGAUUAAUCCAUCCUUCUAUGAUCAAUCCUUGAGCGGGUAUGACUACGCCGAGAAUACUUAUACUCUGGGGGAAUCAACCAUUACUACAGUCAUUCCAACCAUGAACAUGGCUUGGUCAGGUGGGCCAGGUCCAAACACAAGCACCGCAUUUGACAUUCCAAACUACUGGAAUUGGAAGGAGACUGAUGUGUUAACUUCAACUCGUGAUCUAAAUAUAGACUGGUAUGAUCCAGAGAUCGAUCCCUAA